GUAUGCCUGUAUACUUCACUUUUAUGUCUAACUGAAAAAACAAAAAACAAAAAAAUAAAAAACAAAAAACCUUGGAUUGAUCUCCUAUUUAAUUAGCAAACCUAAUUAUGGGUAAUACCAGAGUCCACUAAGUUGGAUAGAGAAGGAAUUUGAAGCUUUGUGGAAGGGAUGGACACAAAUGGAAGACCAGGUCAACCCCCAAAAAUGUGUAGAGGAAUAUCAUUUACUAUUCUCAAACCGACUUAAUACGACCUCAAAUUCACAUUUCAUCCUUCUCAUCAUCACCAUCAUCACCAAAAAUAAGGAACCAUAGCCCACCACCAGUUCAUGGUUGCACUUUCGCUUUUGCUUUGCCUUUUUGUCAGCAGAUGAUAAAGGGAAAAACAAAACACCAAAUUCCUCAGAAAGUUUAACAAAAUAAGCAACAAAACCUACAAUAGAAUAUAUUUUUUUUUCCUACUUCUUUUUGUUGAAUUGCAUAAGCAGGAAGAAACUCUAGUUGUGAAAGAGGAGUAUUGACUGAUAAUUUAGGCAAAGAUGAAUGAUCUAUUCUCAAGUUCGUUCAAGAAGUACACCGACCUGCGGCAGCAGUCGCAGCUGGAUGACGUGGAGGCUGGGAAGGAGGGUGUUAAUCUCGACAAAUUCUUUGUAGAUGUUGAGAAUGUAAAGGAAGACAUGAAGGGUGUUGAGAGGCUAUACAAGGCAUUGCAGGAUGCCAAUGAAGAAAGCAAAACCGUCCACAAUGCAAAGACCAUGAAAGAGCUUCGUGCUCGGAUGGAUAUUGAUGUUGAGCAGGUUCUUAAAAAGGUGAAGAUCAUCAAGGGAAAACUUGAAGGCUUGGAACGAUCCAAUGCAGCUACUAGAAACCUUCCGGGUUGUGGCCCUGGAUCCUCUGCAGACAGAACCAGGACUUCAGUUGUCAGCGGCUUGGGGAAGAAAUUGAAGGAUUUGAUGGAUAAUUUCCAGGGAUUAAGAGCAAGAAUGAAUGCAGAGUAUAAAGAAACAGUUGAACGCAGGUACUUCACCAUUACAGGACAGAAAGCUGACGAAGAAACAAUAGAGAACUUGAUAGCCAGUGGGGAGAGCGAGAGUUUCAUGCAAAAGGCCAUCCAAGAACAGGGGCGAGGUCAGAUCUUGGAUACCAUAUCGGAAAUACAAGAAAGACACGAUGCUGUUAAGGAGAUAGAGAAGAACCUGAUUGAGCUCCAUCAGGUGUUCCUGGACAUGGCCGCUCUUGUGGAAGCACAGGGCCACCAGCUCAACGACAUUGAAAGCCAUGUUGCUCACGCAAGUUCCUUUGUAAGGAGAGGUACAGAGCAGCUGCAGGAUGCUAGGGAAUAUCAGAAGGACUCGAGAAAGUGGACAUGCAUAGCUAUUGCUCUUGGUAUUCUCCUCCUCAUCGUCAUCCUAGUACCACUCUUACCAACAAUUUUUCAUCACUUGUAAGUUUGACAUAAUGCAUUCUGAUUUUUACCAUAUACCGUAGUCAGAUUGUACAGAAAAUUUGGUAACUUUGGGUUUCAACCCUUGAAAAAGCAUCGUCCCCAGAGAUAUGUAUUCAGAUAAAUGCACACAAACAAGAAAUUCAGGUCAUGUUUGGCAAAUUUCUUAUACUUGAGGAUCCUUUGAUUGGCUCUCAUGUUCUGAACUGCAAGGAGAUUGCUCAAGGCAUUGUAAGGGCUAUUUCAAACCUCUUUGAGUAAGUGUACUUUCAGUUCAAAGGCUACUCUUUUGCUUUCAUUUUGUUCUCAUUAUUUGUAUGUAUUUAUAUAAAAUGAGACCCCAAAGCCUUUGUUUGAUCAGAAUGGAGAUCACAACACCUUUUCUCUUGUACAAUUUGUAGAAAGUUAAUUAGUUAACACAUGCCUAUUUUUAGGCUCCUUAUGUAAGAAAACUACUCUUAUUAU